ACAAGGAGGCUGCGGCCUAAGUCAGUCAGUCCAACAUGGCGGGCGGGUGCGGGCGGUGGAGGGUGGCGAUAAAAGCGGCUGUUUUGGGGCUUUUUUCGGUGUUUUUGGCCCUUUUGGCCGCAGUGUUGCUCCGUGCUUAUGUGCUCCAUUCCCCAGCCAUCCCACGGCUGUGGGCUCGGCGUGGGGGUAACGCCGUAUUCAGCGCCGGAGAGAGGCUGGAGCUGAAGGAAGCGCUGCGAGGUGCUAUUAAAAUCCCAACUGUUUCCAUAACUCCGGAUGACUUCAAUGCAACCGCUAUGGCAGAAUUUGGGGAUUACAUUCAGAAAGCCUUCCCAGCUGUGUUUUCUUCUAAAUUCAUUCAACAUGAGCUCGUUGGGGAGUACAGCCACCUCUUCACAGUUCAUGGUUCUGACUCUACAUUGAUGCCCUACAUGCUGCUCGCACACAUGGAUGUUGUUCCUGCUCCCCCUGAGGGCUGGGAUUUCCCUCCUUUCUCAGCUGCAGAGCAUGAAGGUUUCAUCUAUGGCCGAGGAACGCUGGACAACAAGAACUCUGCCAUUGGCAUUCUGCAAGCUCUAGAAUUCUUACUGAGAAGAAAUUACAGACCCCGCAGGUCUUUCUAUGUUGGCAUUGGCCAUGAUGAAGAGGUAUUUGGUCGGAAGGGAGCAUUGAAGAUUGCAGCUCUGCUGGAAUCCAGAGGAGUCAAACUCUCCUUCUUGCUGGAUGAAGGAAGUGCUGUACUGGAUGGCAUCAUUGCAGGCAUGAAGAAGCCAGUAGCGAUAAUUGCUGUCACUGAAAAAGGUUCAAUAACACUGAAUUUCACCGUGGAAAAAGAGCCAGGACAUUCAUCCUUCCCUCCAAAGGAGACAAGUAUUGGCAUUCUUGCAGCAGCAAUGUCCAGACUGGAGCAGAAUCCCAUGCGCAAUCUGUUUGGCCAUGGUCCGGAACUCAUGACUAUGGAGCACCUUGCAUCGGAGUUCAAUUUUCCUCUCAAUCUCAUCAUGAGCAAUCUCUGGCUGUUUUCACCUAUUGUCAGCAGAGUUCUUGCCUGGAAACCUUCCACUAAUGCCUUGAUUCGAACUACUACAGCAGUCACAAUGUUCCAUGCAGGAAUUAAGCUCAAUGUCAUCCCAUCAUCUGCAAGAGCAACAGUGAACUUCCGAAUCCACUCUGCAGAGAAAGCCGCAGAGGUGCUAGAGACAGUUAGAAACACAGUUGCUGAUGACAGAGUGAAGAUUGAUGUCAUAGAGGCCUUUGACCCCCUCCCAAUCAGCCCAUGGGAUGACCAAACUUUUGGAGUCCAUGUUUUCCAAAGAACCAUUCUGGAUACUUUCCCAGAUGUUGACAGUGUGGUCCCAGGCACGUGUAUUGGAAACACAGACAGCAGGCAUUUCACUAACGUCACAGAUGCCAUUUAUCGAUUUAACCCUGUGCUCUUGAAGUCAGAUGAUCUUCCCAGGAUCCAUGGGUUGAAUGAGAGAAUCUCGGUUGAGAGUUAUGAGAAACAAGUCGAGUUUCUCUUUCAGCUCAUUAAGAACUGUGAUGUUGACGAGCUUCCGGAGCCUCACUCAAAAUCUCAUGAGCUGUGAGACAAAAACCCAAGAGGAACAGCUGCUGAGGUGGACUCUGGGAUGGCAGAAGUCUGGGCCGUAAGCAGCAGUUGUGUGUUGCACGUUGAGUGAUGUUUGGUUUUACAUACUGUGGUUUACAUACAGAUGGAAACACUGCUGGUUUGCAGCACCAGGCAAACAUACAGUUUGCUGUUAAGUGAUAAGUAUAGGGACAAAACACAACCACCCAGAUUUCUGUGCUUCCUUGGCCUUACAUGCAGCCAUUAAUCUGACAUUAUUAAUUUUUUCAGCAUCUUCUUCAGUCUUUAAGCCUCUGAAAUUGGAAGUCACUUAAAAAUCGAAGCCGUAAUUUGUAGUCAUUCAUGCAUCUUUAAAAGAGGCUGAUCCUCCAAUAUGUGCUUUUGACAAAGCUGUCUUUUACAGUUAAUUAGUUCUCACUAAUGAUGUGCCUGUCAGAAGCUCACAUGAGAACAUGAUGGGGUGUAGGCUGGAUGUCAUUGGGUACAGCUGCACUAAGAGGCUGUUGCACUGCCGAUGGGGUGGGCUUCUUUCCCAGCUGAUCCCUUCAACCAGCAUCAGUGGUGCUCUCAGAUGGUGCCAGGGUGAACUUGAUCCUGCUGUUUCCUGACUGAUGUCUGAUUGUAGUUUGGAAUGCUGAGCUUUGGGGGUUGGAGCUAUGUUGCUUUAAUGUAAGUUGCUCUGAUCUAUGAGGUGCUAGAAGCUUUUCUUUCUCUCCUUUCUUUGACUCUCUAGUAAUGCCCAGGAUGUGUUGUGAUGUUGACAGUCCAAGUAAGGAAACAUGGCUUUAAACAGCUAAACUAAACCGGUACUUACUGAUAAUCCCAUUUCUUUCUUCACUGAAUCCAUUUCUAUAGCAUUCCUCUUUUGUUCCCCAAAGAGCUUCAUCGUGAAAGAUGGUGAAGCUCUCCCAUUUCCUCCAGUUCAGAGGGAGCUGAGCCUUCUCUCCACCUUCAUGGCCUACUCUACCACUCCUCACUUUACCUUCUGCUCAGCUCUCUGGGAAUCCUAAUGUACACAGGCUAUUGAUAUUGGCUGUGUUUUUAUUUCUUCUUGCACUAGCCCUAUCUUUGUUGGCACUUAAGGGGUUAAGCAUUCUUUUGGCCUCAACAGUCUAUUCAGUUGGAGUUACUGUCAUUUGUUAAAGAAUUCAGAACUAGGCAUUAGCCAAAGAAAAGACUGUGAAGGCUGUUUUCUUGCACUGACAUGCAGACUCUGCUGUAGGAAGGAGACAAACCUUCUCCUGUUGCAGGGAUGUGUCUCUCUUUCAGAGUGUGAGCGAUACACUGGAAUUGGAUGGUUGUUCUGCUCUUAAUUCAUGGUGUAAAAUGGUGCUGGGAUGUGCAGGGAAUACCCAGGAAUGUAUCCUAAAAACCAGUGGAACUGUGAUUCCUAAUCCCCAUUUCCUAUUUAUUUGCAGUCUGAUCUUAUCAGUAUUGCCAAUGGGCUGAACUGUAUCAAGCUAUUAAAUAACUGAAAUCAGCACUUUAAUAAAGCAACAAAUCCAAAUUCUUUUCAUGCUUA